AGCCCGAGACCGUUGAUCACACCAGCCACACAAACUGAAUGGAGCUUCUUUCGUCAUCUUCCUCUUCUUUUCACUCGGCGAGUUUCAUCUCUACCAAUCGACGCGCCGCUCAUUCCAUUCGCAAGACCGCCCGCACCAUUGGCAAAUCCUUUCCACGCAUCAAAGCUUCAUGGCAAGAGCUUGCCGGCGUUUUGGUCUUCUCUGCAAUCCCCUUCACUGCUGUUAAAGCCCUAGCCAACAGUAGCCUUGGGGAGACGCUUCGGAGACGAUUGGAGGACAGAAAGAAGGCUGCUGUCGACGAUUCUGCCAAGUUUAAGGCGCUUGCUGAAGCAGCAAGAGAGGAUAGCAUGUGGUAUGGAGAAACUCGCCCUCGUUGGCUUGGUCCAAUCCCAUAUGACUAUCCUUCUUAUCUUACUGGAGAGCUGCCCGGAGAUUAUAGCUUUGAUAUUGCAGGUUUAAGCAAGGAUCCAAUAGCCCUUCAAAAGUACUUCAAUUUUGAGAUAUUGCAUGCACGGUGGGCUAUGCUCGCUGCUCUUGGUGCAUUGAUUCCAGAACUGUUAGACCUGACAGGAGCAUUUCAAUUUGUAGAACCUGUUUGGUGGCGUGUAGGCUAUUCAAAACUAAAGGGAGACACACUUGACUACUUAGGGAUCCCAGGAUUCCAUUUUGCUGGAAGCCAAGGGGUCUUUGUCAUAGCUGUUUGCCAAGCUCUUCUGAUGGUUGGCCCGGAAUAUGCCAGAUAUUGUGGGAUUGAAGCAUUAGAACCUUUGGGAAUUUACUUGCCAGGUGAUAUAAAUUAUCCUGGAGGCAUUCUUUUUGAUCCUCUGAAUCUAUCCAAGGACCCUGUGGCAUUUGAAGAUUUAAAGGUGAAAGAAAUUAAAAACGGGCGGUUAGCUAUGGUUGCCUGGUUAGGCUUUUACACUCAAGCAGCUGUUACUGGUAAAGGCCCUUUGCAGAACCUCUUGGAACACAUCUCAGACCCCUUCCACAAUAACUUGUUUUCUGCUCUAAGUUCUCUGUAAGUACCAUACAAAAUAUCGUCUUUUAGGGAUGUUAUGCAUCCUUUGUGCUUUGAGUUCUCUGUAAAUGCCAUAGAAUUUUGACAGAUCUAUAUGUUAAUAUUCAGCAUAACCUUAUCAGAUACUAGCAAGUGCUUCAAUGAAACACGCUUUAGGCAUAUAUAUUAAAUCUGAAAUCUUUAACCCUUUGCA